AUGGAAGAAAUACCAAAAACGAUUGCCGUCAUGGAUGAUGUAUCAGAGAAUGCCGACGACACUCUCCGAGCCAAAAACCAAAAUGCGGAUGGCCAUCAUCGUGGAAUCAGCAACUUGUCCUCGGAUCCUAUCGUCUUUGAUCCGCCGCAAGCAUCGGCAUCGACUGCAAAACAUCCAUUGAAGAGAGGUAUCUCGAUUGGAAGUGAUGCAAAGCAAUCACUUGCAGACAGUGCCCGUCUAUGUAUGGAGCACAAUCGUAUGAGCUCGAGUGAGAACCAGAAGAUCACCUUGGACAACCUCUUACAGAACAAUCAGUACGAGCAUGAAGCCACAACUCACAUUCUGAAGACACUCGAAGAACAGUUUGACUCAUCUCAGGCGUUUGAAACAUCUAUAUUGGAAGGCGUUUCCGACGAAGCUAGUAGGGCGAUGGAGGACUCUAGCGCAUUGCUGAAGCCAUCAGCCACCGGUCACGCUACUACUCGUACGCAAGAUCGGAAGCCACUCUUGAGCUCGAGGCCAAACCAUCGACGUGCAAUGACUGUCGACGACCAGCUAGCCGAUUUGGCUGACCAGAUGGUCGACCAUGGAUUCCAUGCGGGUCCAGAUCAAACGCCAGCCAUUGCAUCGCAUUCGGAGUUUGAUCGAAACACACAGUUAGCUUUCGGGUCAGCUGAUUUUGCACAGACAACUGGAAAAGGGCGCGGCCGCUUGUUUUCUCGGGAUAAGCCAACAUUGGAUCCUGUGACGAAUGAUGUCGCGGUUGAUCUUGAAGCUGGAAAAGCAUCACACAAUAUGCCUCAGGAGGCAGGCAGAAAAUCUUUCAAAGAUGCACCCCAGCGCACUGAAUCCGAUUCAAGUGGUAUGAAGGGAAGCAACCCGUACAAUUCGCCUCUUUCUAAUAUGACAGAAAAAGUCAAGAGCGAUGUGGCAUCAUGGAAAUAUUUUUUUCGUCCGCAACAAGCCACCAUCAAGAAGUACAUCAAAAUCAUGCUGUACAUUGUCUUGCCGUUGGUUGGAGUUGCUGGUUUACUAUAUUACUUUUUGGACAAUCCCACCACCAGCAGCAGCGAAGGACAAAGUGUGUCAUGGGUAAUAUUGUUUGUGGUUCGACUAUCGGUCACUUUGACAAUUGCGUUGGCGAUUCAAGCAUUGGUGAUUGACCUACUGUGUGUCCAAACGCGUAUCAUUCCACGCCUAGUGGGACCACUGUUUACCCUUUGGAUUGUCCAAUCCCAAGGAUGGCCAUUUGUCAUUUUUAUGUGGUCCAUUCUCAAUUUCGGCAUGUUGUAUGGUCAGAGCGCAUUUGCUGCCCAUUGGUUAUUCUGGCAAGAUACUGUUCCGCUCUUCAGCGAAACCAAUCCUGCUGGAGGCAUCAUCUAUAGUGAUAUAUACAGGGCCGUUUUGACAAUAGGCGCGACGGUCCCAGUCGCUGUUUCUGUGAAGCGUGUGGUUGUAGGUCUCUUUUUAGGUCGCAAAUCAUUUUUGCAUUUCGGUGAAUCACUUGCAAAGGUGAUGGACAAAAUGUUGCUCGUCAGUCAAGUAGCCAAGCUUGCAAAGCAAAGAACAUUGCAACGAGGAAGUACCGACAUGACCGCUUAUCAGGAUAUGCUGAACCAAGACGACGACGGGAGCAGUGCAAGAAACGGAAAGGCUCUUGAUCUUUUGGAAUCGGAAAAGCACAAACUGGCUCAGAUGUUAGAUCGUUGGGAGGAACCAGAAAGGCGGUCUACUGGACACAAGAAAGCUUCGAUUGCAGCCGUUUUGCGCUUUCGGAAUGCACUGGCUCUCAUUCACAAUGACUACCCUUUUUCGUUUGCAUUUGGCCCUGCCAGUAAUCGCAACGAAUGUGUGGAAUCCGCCCAAAAUGUCUUCAAGCAGCUACUAGCACAAGGCGAAACUGAUGUCGAGUUCGAAACCAUCGCAGCGUCGCUAGCAGUUCGAGAAGGCCACAUGCUAAAUCCAGAGCGGGUGAAAAGUCUCAUUCGAGUCUUCCGUCCAAAUCGGGACGGAAGCCUCUCAGUGCUUGAUUUUGCCAAGAGUGUCGAUGCCGUGUAUAAGGAGUUUCGUCUUCUCCAAGCGUCCAUCGAAAACUCAGCUCAGAUCGAUCGAGCUUUUGAUGCCAUUUUCAAUACGAUCUUCUACGUACUUGUGGUCGUGAUCAUCAUGUCGCAGCUUGGACUCGAUCCGAUGGCAAUGUUCCUUUCUCUAUCGAGUGUGCUUCUAGCGUUCGCCUUUGUGAUUGGGCCUGCUGCUUCCAAGUACUUUGAAGGUAUCUUGUUCAUUCUUCUCCGCCGUCCAUACAACAUUGGAGACUUGAUCUGUGCUACCAAUAUCCAAGCUGAACCAGGCUUGAUGGGAAAUAUUGGAUGGUUUGUGCAAAACGUUACCCUUUUUGAAACUACAAUUACAUGGUUACCCACCAUGGAAACUGCAUCCGUAGCAAAUGGAGAAUUGGCUUCCAGCCGCAUUGUCAAUUGGGCACGAAGUCCGAAUGCCCGAUUUGUCAUCAAUUUGUAUUUCCCCAUCGAGACCAAGUAUGAAACACUGACAUUGUUCCGCGGAGCCCUUGAAGAGUACAUGAAGGCCCGGCCUCGGGAAUGGCUUGCCUUUAACGCCUUGCGUGUCUUGGGUGUCUAUACUGAGAAGGGGUAUAUUCUAAUUGAACUCGUAGUCCAACACCGAGAAGCGUGGCAAAAUCCCGGAGCCAUCUAUGAUAGUCGUGGGAACUUGGUCAGUUUCUGUCAUGAAGUUCAGAAACUCCUUGGAAUGCAAUUCAAGAAUCCACCGCUACCUGUUGACAUUCGCAACGGAAGUGCGUUGGAAGCCUUGGAUGCUAUGGGACAGGAACGCGGCCCAACUGUUGGAUUACCUAAUACCAGUGGAGGAGGCACAGAGCAGGCCGCUCGGGAAAAGUUCCGUCAAACCGCAGAGACGAAGCACAAGAUGUUCUUCUAA